UAAGCAAGUCGCAAACGAAUUUCGUUUUCAGUACCACGGUGGAUAUAAUUUUUAAAACAUUUAAAGCAAAAGCAACUAAAAUAUUAUAGCUCCUAUAAACAAAAAGAUCGAAAAGAUCAAAGACAACAACCAGAAUAGAAGCGACAGUAUUGUGAAAAUUUUAUAACAACUCACAAUCAGUGUGGUGAAAAUAAUAUUCAACAUAUUUUAAUUACUCAACACAAUUGAUUCAAAGGAGAGUUUAAAACAGAAACAAAAAAUUGAAAGCAAAGCAGCAAGAUGAGUGGUAGAGACAAUCGUGGCAUUGGAGGCCACCAACAAUUAACCAGCGCAAUGGGAAAAAUAAAAGAUAAACUAACAAGACAAGGGGAUGAACACGCCUAUCAGCGAGUGGAUACAAACGAGGGCACGCUCUCAACAUCAAAUACAGCUACCAGUUUAGAUACAAUAUUACCAGAAGAUCCUUUUCUAUUCGCACAACAACACACACAACGUCAAACGAGUCCGCGACGUUUCGAACAUCAAGAACCUACAAUACAAUUUGGUCCUAUCAUCGAAGGCGAUGAUAUAAAUGAACCGCCAUUACCUUUACCAGUAUCAAGUAUAAAUAAACUAAGUAGCACACAGGAUUUGACACCUAUACCACCUCCACCUUCAGUUCAACAUCCGCGUGAUCAUCAUCAACGUAGUGCACUUUCCUUGCAGAAUGAUGAAUUACAGCGUAGCAAACAAUCACUGAAGGGAUCACGCGUUUCAUUUGGGAAAAAAGCGGCUGAUAGCAGUGAUGAGGAUAGCUUUGAAGAUAAGCGACAAGGUUUUCAAAAGCAAAAAACAAUUAGUGUUGAUCAUAAAGGAAUUUUAAAGGAUUUAAAACACAUUUUAGCAAAUGACAAUCGACGUCAAUUUCAAGAGAAAAAACACGUAUCGUUAGACAUAAAAGGCACUCGCUUUCUGCAAGAUCUUUUAAAGGACUCAUCGUCAGAAGAAGAGUUUCGCACAAAUCGUAAAGAUUUUCAAGGACGUAAACAUCAAAGUUUAGAUCCGCGUGUCACUUUCAAAUUAGACAGAGUAUUACAGGGUUCCAGCACAGAUAGUGAUGAAGAAGCCGAUGAUGCCGAACAUAAACGCCUAAUACAUCGUCCCAAAGAUAUAACAAAACCAGUUAUUAUUGACUUUAAGGAUUUAGAAAGCGAAAGUGAAGAGGAUUACGAUACGUCAAGGCAACAUUUCCAACAAACGCGUUCAAUUAGUACAGAUUCAAGGAAAAGCCAUCGCCUUUACGAAAUGGAUGAAAUGGGCAGAAAGAAGAAUGAGAAUUUACGAAAUUCAGUACCAUUUAUAAGACAAAUAACAGAAGAUGGCAAACCAAAGUUGGAAGUCUAUAGACCGACAACAAAUCCUAUUUAUAUAUGGACACAGGUAAGCACAGAUGUUAAUUGAUUUAAGUAAAUUUUA